AUGCCGUCGAAUGAAUCAUACGCAGUAUCCAGCCAUUCCGAGGCAAAUAAUAUUCGGAUUGACGAGACCCGGUUUGCCUUCACUCCCCGGAAGAUUCGCGUCGUCUGCAUCGGUGCCGGCUUCUCUGGUCUCAACCUAGCACACAAAUUGAAGCAUGAGAGACCUCUUGGCUUUGUGGACUUUAGAAUUUAUGAAAAGAACCCGGAAGUAGGGGGUGCUUGGUGGGAGAAUGUUUAUCCUGGGGUAGGUUGCGAUAUUCCCGUUCACAGCUACCAAUUUCCAUUCGAGCCGAGUCCCGACUGGUCAAAGUUCUACGUUGGAGGCAAAGAGAUUGAAGACUACAUACUGCGGACGACAGAAAAGUACGGGCUGAAAGAGAAAGUGACGUUUAAUACCAAGCUCGUCCGAGCGAUAUGGGACGAGGAACACGCCAAAUGGAAGCUCCAGCUGGAACGAGGGGAAUUCAUAAUCGAAGAUGAGGCGGACAUUUUGAUUGACGGGAGUGGCAUCGUCAACAAGUGGAAAUGGCCGGAUGUUAAGGGACUCGAUCAUUUCAAAGGAAAGAUUGUGCAUAGUGCGAAAUGGGACACCGAGUACCAGUGGGAAGGCAAGCGAAUUGCAGUUAUUGGAAACGGGUCGUCAGGAUUGCAGAUUGUUCCACCUCUUCAGCGCAAAGCUGCAAAGAUAGUUAACUACGCGCGUCACGCCACGUGGGUUUCAACGCCCUUGUGUGGCAACUUGCUCAGGGAUGCAAACUCAACGAACUUCGCAUACACCGAAGAGGAGAAGGAGGAGUUCCGAACGAAUCCAGAAAAAUUCCUCGAGUAUCGGAAGGUGGUUGAGACAUCUGUGAACAGCGUAUAUCGGUUGAUGAUUUCGGGAUCUGCAGAGAACAAGAUGAUCUUCGACUUGGUCGAUGCAACGAUGCGAGAGAAGCUGAAAAAUAACCCGGAACUUAUCGAGAAGCUCAUUCCCAAGUACGAGCUUGGAUGUCGCCGUCUGAGCCCCGGCAAUGGGUAUCUUGAGGCAAUCCAAGCUAGUAGUGCACGACUCACCUUCAGUCACAUUAAAAAAAUUACACCAACCGGCAUUGAGAGCGAAGAAGGCGAAGAAGAGUUUGAUCUGAUUGUUUGCGCCACGGGUUUCGAUACUAGUUUUGUCCCUUCCUGGGAUCUCGUUGGUCGCGAUGGCCGGCGCCUGGCAGACGAGUGGAGAGAAACGCCUUCUGCUUACUUCUCCACGUGCGCAGGUGGUGUGCCAAAUUACUUCAUGUUUGGCGGUCCAAACUGCCCGAUCGGCCAUGGGUCUGUUCCCCAAAUGCUUGCAUGGACUGCAGAUUAUAUGUUGAACUGGAUUGAGAAGAUGGCGGCGGAAGACAUCAGAUCCAUUGUGGUCAAAGAUACUGUCGUACGGGAAUAUAACGCCUACGCGCAAGAAAGCUUGAAGCGGUGCGUGUGGUCCAAGGGAUGCAAUGCCUGGUACAGCAAGAAGAAUGCCGAGGGACCCAACACGGUCACGGCGAUGUACCCAGGCAGCGUCCUCCACUUCAAAGAGUAUAUGAAGACCAUCCGGGGCGAGCACUUCGACAUUCGGUACAACAACUCGAACCAGUUUCUAUACCUGGCCAAUGGAGAACUGGCCUUGGAGCGCGAAGAAGGAGGCGAUAUGGCGUAUUAUCUCACUUGA